AGCACAAUGGCUUCAGCCGGCCUGGAGAUCCUGGGGAUGAUCCUGACUGUGGCGGGGUGGCUCGGUGUUAUGGUUGCCUGCUGUUUGCCCAUGUGGAGAGUAGCAGCGUACAUAGGCCAGAACAUUGUUAUCACACAGAUCGUGUGGGAAGGUUUGUGGAUGAGCUGCGUGGUGCAAAGCACAGGACAGAUGCACUGCCGAGUGUACGACUCCAUGCUAGGGCUUCCAGAUGAGCUGCAGGCUGCCCGUGCCCUCACCGUCGUGAGUACUCUGCUCGGUGUGGUGGGCAUGGCUUUGGCAGUGGCUGGGGCAAAGUGCACCAACUGCACAUCAGAUGCAGCAAGCAAGCCACGCAUCAUGAUGGCGGCUGGGGGCACGUUUAUAACAUGCGGGCUGCUGCUGUUAGUGGCCGUCUGUUGGACAGCUAACGGCAUCAUCCUGGAUUUUCACAACCCGCUUCUAGAGGAGACGCAAAAGAGGGAGUUUGGGAACUCGCUGUACUUCGGAUGGGGUGCCUCCUGCCUACUGAUCCUAGGUGGAGCCAUUUUGUCUUGUUCCUGCUCCUCAAAAGCACAGAAUAAUGCUGCGCCAACAAGAGUGGACUACUCAGGGGUCAAAUCCAUCUCUGUGAAUGGAUAUGACAGGAGAGACUAUGUUUGAGGUGUCUGAAUCUUUGCACAUAAAGGACCUUGAGAGAAAAGCCAACAAGUCUGCUAAAUGAUGGCAACAAGCGUUCAAAUGUCAAUAACAAAUUAAUGAUUGAUGAUGAAUCUUGAAUACCAGCAUGGCAGAUACAAAAUUAGUAUUAUUGUUUUUGUUUUCAUUUGAAUGUAUUUGUUAAUGUUGCAAGAACUGAUUUUGUAAUUUUGUCUUUUGAUCCAAACCCUAUAGGUG